AAUAUAUCUAGCUCUGUACGAAAGACCUACCCAAACCUCGUUUGUAACUCGAAAUGUCAACCUUAGCAGAAAAUUUCUAAAUUCCAUAUUUCUUCCUGCAUAAUGAAGUGGUUCGAAGGAAGUAUUAAAGACGCUGUUACUACGUCGAAAUCAAGGAAAGCAAUUUUCGUUGUCUUCGUGGAAGGAAAAGAUGAUACUUCGAUUAAAUUUGCUCAGGCAAUCAAUGUUAGAGAAGUUUCUACACAAUUGGAAAAUGAGAAUUUUGUUGCUAUUAAAUUAGAAAGUGGUUCGGAAACUUAUAGAUUUUUUGCACAGAUUUAUCAUCUAGUUCCAGUACCAUCUUUAUUCUUUAUUGGUGAAAAUGGUAUACCACUUGAAAUAGUUGCAGGUAAUGUGACUGCAACUGAGCUUACAUCGAAAAUUGAAUCUGUUUUAACGAAAGCAGGAAAAGAAAUUAAAAAUAGUUCACAGAAUUUAAUAGAAUCUGAACAAAAAUCUGCAACUUGUACCAAUCCAUCGGAUGCUUCUACCAGCGAUGCCAUUACUGUAAAUAUAUCUGAUGUUAAAGCUUCAACUGAUGUACCAACGGAGAUUCUUGGAAAUACAGAGAAUGAUGAUAAAUUGGUAGAAAAUGAAUCUACAAAUUUAAAAGAUACAGAUAUACCAACUACUAGCAAUGAUAAUAAAGUAGACAAUAAUGAUGCUACAGAAUUAUCAAUGCAGGAAAAGUUAGAUAGAGCUAAACAAUUGAUAGAGGUACAGAAAAAACAGCGACAAAAGGAUGAAGAAAGGGAAGAGAAGGAAAGAGAAUUAAGACGACGUAAAAUUGGCCAAGAUAUGUUAAAGAUGAGACAAAAGCAACAAGAUUUAGAAGUAAAGCAAGCUCAUGAAGAAAUGAUGAAGGAGAAAGCUGCUAGAGAGAAAGUGAAGCUACAAAUUGCACAAGAUAAGCUUGAACGAAAACAAAAGGAAUUAGCUUUGCAGCAACAAGUGCAACAACAACAACAGCAACAGCAACAACAACAGCAACAACAACAACAACAACAACCUGCAGAACAAUCGAAAGUUCGACCCACUUCGUUUGCCGAUACUACCAUAACAAGAAUUCAAUUUAGAUUGCCAUCUGGUAAUCCACAUAUGGCUGAAUUUUCACCAACAAAUACUUUACGUACUUUACGUACUUACGUGACCGAAAAUAUUAAUUUACCAUUUCGCCAAUUUGUUAUGUCAACAUCAUUUCCUAGAAGAGAUCUGACAAAUGAAGAUGAUAAUAAAACCCUCUUGGAAUUGGAACUGGUUCCUAGAGCAGUGAUUUUAAUUCUACCAUUGAAAAAUAAUAAUAUUACAACAUCGGUAACAUCAACUCAAGAUGUUAGCUUUCUCUCACGCUUCGUGUGGUCCUUUUUUGCUCCAGUAAUUGGUAUAUAUAAUUAUUUAAUGGGAUAUUUUACUGGAACCUUGCAUGGAAAUUCUGAUCAAAAUAACGAAGACACCGGUAAUACGUCCGGUGCUACAAAUAGCGGAGAUGGACCUACAUUUUCAAAUUUGCAAAAUAUAGCUCUAUCAACGGGAAGAAAUAUCAGCAAUCCGGGUGGUACCACGAUUAGAGCACAAGGUAAUAUACAUAGACUACAUUCUGCUGGAGAUGAUAAUGAUGAAAAUAAUACUUGGAAUGGUAAUUCAACACAACAAAUGUGAAUGAAUUUAAAAUAAAGUUACAAUGCGCAGAUAUAGCCUGCCUUGUUAAACAAUU